UCUACUCACUGACAGCUGAUGAACUUUUCCAACUGGCCUUGCAUGUUGGUUGAAGAUGAAGAGGGUUGUUUCGAGUACAUUCUGUCUUUCAUGAACAGUGAGACUUUGGUAGAAUCUGAGGAUUCAGCUCAGAUGAUAUAAAGAUGCAGUGACCAGCUGUGAAUUUCACCUCCUUCACUUCUGCUCACUGACUGACUGCUGUUGGACACUUAAAGCUAAUCAUGAGUACCAACUUCCUGUCCAGAAAUUGUGAGCUCCACCCGGGAGACUACCUGAUGUCCAACAACAGAGAGUGGAAAGCUGUCUUCCAGACUGAUGGCAACUUUGUCAUCUAUGGCUGGAAGCCUGUUUGGGCUUCAGACACUUAUGGAUCAGGCGGUUUCCGUCUGUGCAUGCAGAAUGACUGCAACCUGGUCAUGUACAACAAGGAUAACAUUCCCAAGUGGCAGUCUGACUCUUCCAGUGGUGACCACAUGUGUCGUCUUGAGCUGACCAAUGACGGCAAACUGCUGGUGUUCAAGGAUGCUCAAGAAAUCUGGAACUCUUCAACCUCCAAAGGCAAGAAGUGAAAGUCAUCUUUGGAUGCCAGCAGGUUACAGUAAACUGAUGCUAUAAUCUGAAAGCAAAUAAAAGCACAACUUCUUACAAUGAA